CUUGUCAUUCACAUUCUAUAGGCGUCUUUGCCCCGCAUGGUGCAAAAUUUAUGAAAAGGUGGGCCACUCAUGCAAGCACCUUCAAACUGCAAGCCCACCAAAUAAGCAACCGCAACAAGGUUCAUACUUUUGCAUUACUGAUUGUGAAGUGCAAAAACUGACGAGCUACGUGGGAUACCAUAUUACUGAUCCUCGCUCCCAACAGGCCGAGCACAUUUCGCCGAGAUGGUCCAUUUGGAAGAAAUCACCGACGACGUGGCUGAGAAGCUAAAGGUCUCACAAGACUCUUCGUCCACAUCGCCGCCACCACAGCCUCAAGAGAGCAAGAACAUUCUACCCAACAAGAAUGUGGUAGAUAGUCUCCCAGAAAACCCCAUCCUCACCAAGCUCAGAGGUCUCGCAGAAGCUGGCCCGGGGCCUGCGGGCCCAGCCCUCAGCCCCGCGCGAGCAUGGACUGAGAACAAGAGCAUCGACGAGAUCGCCGCAGAGCUCAAAAAGUCUCCCCUGUUUAUGACGGAGCUUGAGGAGAACGACGACACGGAGGCGCUCAGAGCACUGGCGUACGAGGGCACGCCGCUCGAGGUCGCGUCCGAGUUCAAGGAGCAGGGCAACCAUUGCUUCCAGCAGAAGAAGUGGAACGAUGCCAAGGAGUUCUACGGCAAGGGCAUUCUGGUGAUCGCUGCGGAGGAGCGGAAGCGCCGGGGCUAUGAUCUUCAGGGCCGGAAGAUCGACGUGACGAAAGUCGAACAGGACCCUGAGGAGGAGGUCGAGAGGCAGAGAGCGGUGCUUGAGAGUCUGUAUGUCAACCGGGCAGCCUGCCAUCUCGAGGUCAAGAACUAUCGCAGCUGUUGGCUUGAUGGCGCGGCGGCGCUGAAGAUCAACCCGAGGAACGUGAAGGCGCUGUACCGGUCGGCAAAGGCGCUUCUGGCAGUGGACAAGAUCGUCGAGGCGGACGAUGCUUGCGCGAGAGGCUUGGAACUAGACGGUUCAAACAAAUCCCUGCAGGCGGUCGCAAGGGAGAUUGUAAAAAAAACCGAGGAGGUCACAACGCGAAAGAAGAGGGAGGCGGACCGUCUGGCCAAAGAGAAGAGGCGUGAAAUGCUCCUUCGGGCAGCGGUCAAGGCACGCGGCAUCAAGACGCGAACUACAGCACAACCGCCGGAAAUGGAAGAUGCGAAGAUGCGCUUGGUUCCCGAUGAGGAUGACCCGACGAGCUCCUUGGCUUUCCCGACGGUGCUGCUGUAUCCGGCAGAUUUAGAGACGGACUUCAUCAAGGCAUUCAACGAGCAGGAGACACUAGCCGAUCAUCUUUCUUAUGUAUUUCCGCUACCUUGGGACCAAAAGGGCCAGUACACCUUGGCUGGUGUGGAAUGCUAUAUGGACACCUUGAGCGGAGGUCUGAUCAAGGUCGGUAAGAAGGCUCCUUUGCUCAAGGUCCUGUCAUCGGACAAGGUCGAGGUAGUUGACGAAGUGGUGAAAAUAUUUGUGCUGCCGAAAGCGAAAGCCGAGGCGUGGGUUCAGGAGUACAAGUCGAAGAAGGCUGUAGAAAGGGGCAGCUAGAAUAGGUCAGUCUCUGGCAGAGUAAAACCACAAAAAAAGUUCGAGUAUACGCCACACGCGACGAAGGAAUGUCAAACGAACGUGAAGAGUGUGAGUGUAUUUUGAUCUUAUUGGUAGACAGGAGUCCUACUUAAGAUACAAGAAACAGUAAUGCUACA